CUGACGUCGGGUGUCCUGGGGUUGUGAGGGCCGUCAGAGCUUCAGCUGAUCCGGGUCCUGGGGUGAGACCCUCUCUUGGAGCAGCGGGCACACGUGGGGAGACCGCCCCCCUCAAUGGUCAGAGCUUGGAGCCCACAGGAGUGGGGGGCGGGCUGGUGGCAGUGAUGAAGCCGCAUCGUGUGGCUGCUGCUGGGCUGGCCCUGCCCCAGUCCUGGCAGCUGUGAGCCUGGCUCUCUGGUCAGACACUGAGGCGGCCCAGGGAGUGGCUGGUGGCGAGGCCUCGGGAUGCAUGCAUACGUGCCUGUGUCACCCUCCCAUUCUCAUGCAGGGGUGUCCCCCUGCCUGUUUCAGUGGCUCGGACUUCAGGUAACGACAACCUGCAGACGUCCCCCGUCUGGGGUUCAGGUUGAUUGAGCCACCAUGCUGGGCAUGGGUCUGGGUGCUGGGAGGCAGCAGGGAGCAAAAUGAGCAUCGUGUGUGGAGCUUUACUUCCGGCGGGGUAGACCGCAGGGCUCAGCCUGAGCCGGCAGGACCUGAGGGCUAGAGGGUGUCAGCAUGGGGCGAGGCGGCGCCAGCACCAGCAGGGCGGCCCUGGGCCGGUGAGCCGCAGGGGAGUGGUGGGCACCCUGAUGCCUGGAACCCUGCCUAGAGCGCGUGGCUAAAGCAGGGGGUGGCGGGGUGCAGGAGCCUGCUGGGGGCCCGGCUCUGGCACCGAGAGCCUGCCAUUGGCGAGCAGGCGCAUGUGAUGCUCCCAAACCUCACUUUCAAGCUGGCUGCUCGGGCCUGGGCCCCAGCUCGGAGCAGUUGUAUCAGAACUGACCAGCUGCUUCCAGGAACUCAAGGAGAGGCAGAGGGUCACAGAGCCGGACAGCAUUGACAGAGAAGAGCAGGUGGGCAGCUCACUCCUGAUGGCGAGACUCACCGCAGAGCCCGGAAACUUGGUGUGGCGAGUCCAGGACGGGCCACUUGCGGGCACUUGGUGUUCGACAGACUUGCCCGGUAUUUUGGUGGGAAAGGCGAGGCGCUUCGUGCUGUCCACAGUGGUACUGGAGUAGCUGGAUGUCUGUGUGAGAGGAAGUGGGCCUCGGCCAGCACUUCCGGCACGUCACGGGGAACAAACACAGACACGAGAGCUGCAAGGCCAGGACGCCUCUGAGAGGACCUGGCAGGGGCAGGCCGGGAUCGCUUGGCCACACAGGGCACUCGCCGCAAAGGAAAAAGUCGAACUGUUCUUCGCACUUUAAAGCCUCGCGUGCUUGGAGGAGUAAGGAGAGUCGAGCACAUCGGAAGGCGAGUCACAGGGAGGAGAGCGCUCCUGGCACACCUGUCUUCAGAGGGCCGCGCUCGAGGCGCGCAGCGCUCUCGGCACUCGACAGAAGCCCAGCCAGCCGUUGGACGAGGCCCGAACAGACGCCCACGUCAUGGAAGGGGCCAGCCGAGUCAGCCACGCGCAGAAAACGUUUCGCAGAUGCAGAUGAAACGCCCGGGCUGAUGGCGCCGUGUCCCACCGACGUGGCUGAAUUUAAGACCUAAGCUGAGUGCCGUGGGUGAGGACGGGGCGCCCCGGAGGUUCACCGUCACAGUGGGGAGGAAUGGCGCCCUACCCUGGAAAAGCCACGGCAUUCUGGAGCUUUCACAAUCACCAAAGCCAGGAGACAACCGUGUCCAUCGACAGGCGAUGUCCCUGAAACAGCCACAUGCUGGUCUUAGGAGUCUGUGCUCACGCGGGAGCCCCGGCGGGCUGGCUUUGUCCCAGUCUGCCAGCACGGGCAGACUCGGUGUCUGCUCGCAGGAAGCUGGUCGGAGGUCGUGUGGCAGGGAUGUUGUCUCCUGCUUUGGGUGGUGGCUGCGCGGUGCACACAGGUCUCAGAACUCAGCUGCACACUUAAAACGGGCACUUUAUUUGUGAAGAUUAAAAUUCAAAUUAAGUUGAUGACGAGAAGUACAGGUACCAGACCCGCCCUGAGAUCACCGCCCUCACACCCUGGGAGUUAAAAUAAACCUCCUCUCCAGGCGUGCGCCGGGCAGAGGGCGCUGGUCUUUCUGUGGCUGUGCAGCGUGUCGUGGCAAGGGGCCACGGGCUUGCUCCUUCGUGCCGUGCAAGUGUCACCAGGAUGGACGUGGGUGGGCAGUGCCCGGCAACCGUGGCCGUGGUCAGGAGACGGCCUGUCCCCACAUCCUCUGGCGGUGUGGGACUCGCUCAGAGUCGCCGGGCACACAGCAUCGACCUGAAGGGGACAGUCGUGAUCUUCGAUGAAGCUCACAAUGUGGAGAAGAUGUGUGAGGAGUCGGCGUCGUUUGACCUGACCCCCCACGACGUGGCUUCCGGACUGGACAUCAUAGACCAGGUUUUGGAGGAGCAGACCAAGGCGGCACAGCACGGCGAGCUGCACCUGGCGUUCGGUGUGGAGUCUAGCGCAGGGCUGAACAUGGAGCUGGAAGACGUCGCCAAGCUGAAGAUGAUCCUGCUUCGUCUGGAGGGGGCCAUUGAUGCUGUCGAGCUGCCUGGAGACGACAGAGGUGUCACCAAGCCGGGGAGCUUCAUCUUUGAGCUGUUUGCCGAGGCCCAGAUCACGUCUCAGACCAAGGCCUGCAUCCUGGACUCUCUGGACCAGAUCAUCCAGCAUCUGGCAGGACGUGCAGGGCUGUUCAGCAACACGGCGGGGCUGCAGAAGCUGUCAGACAUCAUCCAGAUCGUGUUCAGUGCGGACCCUGCCGAGGGCGGCCUGGGCUCCACGGUGGCACCGGGGGUCUCUCAGUCCUACAAGGUGCACAUUCACCCUGACACCAGUCACUGGAGGACGGCUCCGCGGUCAGAUGCCUGGAACAGCACCGCGGCCAAGAAACCAGGGAAGGUGCUCAGUUACUGGUGCUUCAGCCCCGGCUACAGCAUGCGCGAGCUGGUCCGCCAGGGCGUCCGCACGCUCAUCCUCACCAGCGGCACACUGGCCCCCGUGUCCUCCUUCGCCCUGGAGAUGCAGAUCCCUUUCCCAGUCUCUUUGGAAAACCCACACGUCAUCGACAAGCACCAGAUCUGGGUGGGGAUUGUCCCCAAAGGACCCGACGGAACCCAGCUGAGCUCUGCCUUUGACAAAAGGUUCUCUGACGAGUGCUUGUCCUCCUUGGGGAAGGCUCUAGGCAACAUCGCCCGCGUGGUCCCUCAUGGGCUUCUGGUUUUCUUCCCCUCCUACCCCGUCAUGGAGAAGAGCCUGGAAUUCUGGCGGGCCCGUGACUUUGCCAGCAAACUGGAGGCCCUGAAGCCUUUGUUCGUGGAGCCGAGGAGCAAGGCUGGCUUCUCAGAGGUGAUAGGUGCUUACUACACGAGCGUCAUCCGCCCCGGGUCCCGUGGGGCCGCCUUCCUGGCUGUGUGCCGUGGGAAGGCCAGCGAGGGUCUGGACUUCGCAGACAUGAAUGGCCGCGGGGUGGUCGUCACGGGCCUCCCGUACCCCCCACGCAAGGACCCGCGGGUCAUCCUCAAGAUGCAGUUCCUGGAUGAGAUGAAGGGCCGGAGUGAGGCCAAGGGCCAGUUCCUCUCCGGGCAAGACUGGUACCGGCAGCAGGCGUCCAGGGCUGUGAACCAGGCCAUCGGGCGGGUCAUCCGGCAUCGCCACGACUAUGGGGUUGUCCUCCUCUGUGACCACAGGUUCGCCUGUGCAGACGCCAGAGCCCAGCUGCCCUCCUGGGUGCGCCCCCACGUCAAAGUGUACGACCACUUCGGCCACGUCAUCCGGGACGUGGCCCAGUUCUUCCGUGUCGCUCAGAAAACAAUGCCGGCGCCAGCCCCCCUGGCUGCUGUCCCGAGCCUGGGCAAGGGCGAAGCUGCCGUCGUGGCGGCCUUGUCGCCCAGCCUCCUGUCUACAAGGAAAGCCAAGAGUCUGGAUGUGCAUGUCCCCAGCCUUCGGCGGAGACCCACAGGACCACCAGCCUCUGAGGACGCUGAGGGCAGCCUGUGUGUGGAGUAUGAGCAGGAGGCGGUCCACACCCAGCGGAGGCCCGGGGGGCUGCUGGCCGCGCUGGAACGCAGCGAGCAGCGAGCCGGGAGCCCUGGGGACGAUGCCCUGCCCAGGCAGGACGAGGUGCGGGCACGGUGCCACUCUGCCUCGUCGGUCCCGGGGGAGAAGAGGCCCGCAGAUGAGCAGAGAGGAGGCCGGAGGAAGGUCAGGCUGGUCAGCAGGCAGCAGGAGGGACCCGCAUCCGGGGCGCAGGUGUGCGGGGCCAAGCUCUUCAUGGCGGCUGUGAAGCAGGCACUGAGCCGGGCCAGCUUCGAGUCCUUCACCCGGGCCCUGCAGGACUACAAGGGCUCCGACGACUUCCAGGCCCUGGCGGACCACCUCGGCCCCCUCUUUGCUGAGGACCCCAAGAAGCACAGCCUGCUCCGAGGCUUCUACCGGUUCGUGCGGCCACACCACAAGCAGCAGUUUGAGGAGCUCUGCCUGCAAGUGACGGGCCAGGGCUGUGGCCACCUGCCCAAGCACAGCCUUCCCCUCGGGCAGCAGGUGCAGCCUGCCUCACCCCCUGACGGGAGUGCUUCGAGCCCUUGGGACCAGUCGGGUGACUCCUCGGUCCCUGUUUCUUCAGGAAAGAGGGAGCUGGACCACAAGCUGACCCUGUCCCAGGGUGCGGCCAGGCAGCUGGACACCGGAGAGCACCUGAACCGGGGUGGGCCCCACCUGGUCUCGGGGGCACAACCUGAAGCAGGCCUUGGAAGCUGUCCGCAACAGGCGUCUGCAGUCCCUCCAGCAGAGGUGCGGGGCCAGCCUGCUGUGAGCGCCUACUUGGCUGACGCCCGCCGGGCCCUGGGGUCUGCAGGCUGCAGCCAGCUUCUGGCAGCACUGACCACCUACAAACGGGAUGAUGACUUCGAGAAGAUGGUGGCUGUGUUGGCGGCGCUUACCACCGCGAGGCCAGAGGACUUGCCCCUGCUGCAGAGGUUCGGCAUGUUCGUGCGUCCACCCCACAAGCAGCGCUUCCGGCAGCUGUGUGCAGACCUGAGCGGCUGGCCCGCCCCGGGCAUCGGCACCAAGCCACUGGGACCCCAGGAGGGGAGCCCCACCGUGCCUCCCAAACCCACCCCUGGGGCACUCAGGCCAGGCCUGGCGUGCCCCAGCUGCAGGGCGGAGGACGCGGUCCCCUUCCAGUGCCCCUCCUGCGACUUCCACUGCUGCCGGGCCUGCUGGCAACAACACCUCCAGGCCUCUAGAAGGACGUGCCCGGCCUGCUGUGCCGCCGUCAGGAAGCAGAGUGUCACACAGGUGUUCUGGCCAGAGCCCCAGUGAACGCGGGAGCCCUGCAGGCUGCGGGGUCUGACCAGACACCUGCCUGUCGGCUGGGGGUGGGCCAGCCAAGAGCCCCGCCACCAGGGAGGCUGGUCCAGUGUGCCCGGGGCCUAGGACUGCGCCCUUGGGGUCGGGUCUGCCUGCGCGUGCUUCCCCACAACUCCCUGGCUUGCGGCUUGUGGGUGCACCCUGGGAGAAGGGAAAUUCCUGGGACCUGAGCCUGGCCGGUGGGCCUGCUCUCACUUGGGAGGACGCUCUCUAAUAAAGCCAUUGGCACUACUGGGGCACUGA